AUGACUUUUGACCCAAUUAAGAAUUUGCCAGCUGCGAUGAUUCACUGCCGAAAAAGUUCAUUCAGCACUUUGCAUAUUGAGGAUCUUAACAAAGGGGAUAACUGCAGUAUUGUUAUCAAAAAUGGCGCGGAACGAGGUAUAUAUACAGUUGAUUUGUUCAAGUUCAGGAGUGAAGAGACCAGUAUUGUGAAUGAUGGACAAAUUGUGGCUAAUAGUGCAAAAAGCAUAGUAAUGUUUCCGAGACCUGAAAAUUUGGUCGCUGAAACCUCUCAACAACAGCUAAUAGCAUCAGUAAUGAUGGCUCGUCGCGACUGGGCACAUCAGCAUACCAAUUUAUGGUAUAAUAGUUUCUUUCAAAGUUUGAAGUAUGAUUCAAUUAAAUGUCCUGCACUAAUGUUGAUACCAAUGCCCAUUGUGAUGCCGGUAUUACUACCGAACUCAGAUUUGACGAAAAACCAAUGUAACAACAAUGCCGAUUUUAGAAAUGAAAUAAGAACUGGUAUCCAUUAUCUUAACAGUCCUAAAAACAUCCACUUCGGCAAUUACAAACCAGAAGGACGAUCUGAUAUGCGUUAUAUUAAUGAUAAUCGUGCUUCCAGAGGGCUUCGAGUUCGAACAGAUGGUCCAGUGAUUUUCAGGCAGCAAGCAAUUCAAAUUUCACCCGUGCAAACAAUUCAAGAUCUCAAUAUUCGGCAAAUCAUGUAUCUUACAGAAAAUGGUCAGUUGCGGGAUGUGUCUUCAGAAUCCGGCAAACAGAAUUCUACUUGUCGAAGAAAUAAUUCUAAAAUCUGA